AACGAAAUGCCCCAAAUCGAUCCUUGGCUUUGCAAGAGACCAAACAAAGCAACAGCGCAAGGCUCACAGUCAGACAGAUAGAAGAGAGAGAUCACCUCUCUCUCUCUCUCCCACUUCCAUUCCUUUGAUUCCCAUUCAACCAAUCAAAGACCCCACAAAUCUCCACAUUUCCCUCUACUCCAACAAUGCCAGCUUCCCCUUCUUUCCCUGCUUCAGAUGGAAGGGGCAAAUGGAAAAGGCGAAAGCGAGGAGACUCUCAAAUCACUCGAAAACCACCAAAGCACCACCACCAAGAAGAACCUGAAGAACCCGAAGACGACGACGACGCGGUUGAGGCAGACGACCAUAACAAUAACAUCGUCUACAGAGAAGAUUCCGAAGACCCGAACCCACAUCAACAACCCAACGGACCCGAUCCAAACCCUCAAGAGACCGAGGUUUUAACUGACGCCGGGGUCCGCAUAUGCGAUUUCCCUCCGGUCACUCGGCUUGCUGUGAACCGCCCUCAUGCGUCUGUGAUGGCGAUUGUGGCGGCCGAGAGGUUCAAUUUAGCUGGAGAAAGCAGUAAUAGAGGCCAAUUAGCUGUGAAUCUGGAGAAUGUAUCGUACGGGCAGCUGCAGGCGGUGUCUGCUGUGACAGCGGAGAGUGUUGGGAGUGAUUUGGAGAGGAGUGAUGGAGGGAAUUCGGGGUAUGUAGUGACGCCGCCGCAGAUUAUGGAUGGAAAGGGUGUCGUGAAGAGGUUUUGGAGUAGAUUACAUGUGGUUCCGAUGCAUUCAGAUUGGUUUUCACCGCUCUCGGUUAAUCGACUGGAGAGACAGGUGGUGCCACAUUUUUUCUCUGGAAAAUCUUCAGAUCACACACCAGAGAAAUACAUGGAGUGUAGAAACCGCAUUGUUGCUAAAUAUAUGGAGAAUCCAGAGAAGAGGCUCACAGUUUCUGAUUGUCUAGGAUUGGUAGUCAGUAUUGACAUUGAAGAUUUAACUCGAAUUUUUAGAUUUCUUGAUCAUUGGGGAAUUAUCAACUACUGUGCAGCUCCACCAAGUUGCGAAUCCUGGAGUGGGGGGUCCUAUUUAAGGGAGGAUCCAAAUGGUGAGGUUCAUGUACCGUCAGCUUCCUUAAAGUCUAUUGAUAGUUUGAUCCAAUUUGACAAGCCCAGAUGUAGGCUCAAGGCAGCUGAUGUUUAUUCAUCAUUUUCAUGUCAUGGUGAUGAUUUCUCUGACCUGGACAACAGAAUUAGAGAGUGCUUAUCUGAAAAUUGCUGCAAUUGUUGUUCUCAGCCUCUUCCCUCUGUUUUCUACCAGUCACAAAAGGAGGUUGAUAUACUACUAUGCUCUGAUUGCUUCCAUGAGGGGAGAUUUGUGACUGGUCAUUCAAGCUUAGAUUUUAUUAAGGUAGAUUCAACAAAAGAUUAUGGUGAUAUAGACGGAGAAAAUUGGAGUGAUCAGGAAACAUUACUACUCCUUGAGGCAAUGGAGAUUUACAAUGAGAAUUGGAAUGAAAUUGCAGAACAUGUUGGAACCAAGUCAAAAGCACAAUGCAUCCUUCACUUUCUGCGUCUGCCUGUAGAGGAUGGCCUGUUGGAAAAUAUUGAAGUUCCAAGAAUGUCCAAGCCACCCAGUCCAUCUAGUAGAGAUGAUAGCAGAAGACCACACUCAAGUUCAAAUGGAUCCUGCCUCCAAAGUGCUGAUGCUGAAAAUAGGCUACCUUUUGCAAAUUCUGGCAAUCCAGUUAUGGCAUUGGUUGCUUUUCUGGCCUCUGCUGUUGGACCAAGAGUUGCUGCAGCCUGUGCUCAUGCAUCUUUGGCAGCAUUGUCUGAGGAUAACAGGAUGGAUUCAGAGAGAUUACAUGGUAGAGAAGGUGGUUUUCAUGGAGAAGUUGCAAAUUCAAUUCAACAAAAAGAAGAUGGCCAGCAUGGUUCAUGGGGUCAAAAUGGGGCCGAGGUUGCUCCUUUGUCUUCUGAAAAAGUUAAAGGUGCUGCCAAAGCUGGCCUUGCUGCUGCAGCAACAAAGGCUAAACUGUUUGCUGAUCAUGAAGAGCGGGAAAUUCAGAGACUAUCUGCCAAUAUCAUAAAUCAUCAGUUUUUGAUAUGGUUACAGUUGAAGAGACUGGAGCUUAAGCUGAAGCAGUUUGCCGAAGUGGAAACCUUUCUAAUGAGAGAGUGCGAGCAAGUGGAGAAGACAAGGCAACGGUUUGCUGCUGAGCGGGUCCGCAUGCUAUCUACCCGGAUAGGACCUGCUGGAGUCACUUCACAAGUGAACCCAGCUGGUGUUGCUCCUUCGAUGGUUAACAAUAAUGUGGGCAGCAAUAGGCAGCAGGUGAUGCCUUCCUCCUCUUCACAACCAAGCAUUCCAGGAUAUGGCAACAGUAAUCCAACCCAUCCGCACAACAAUCAACAAGUCCAUCCUCACAUGUCAUAUUUGCAACGGGGACAUCCACAGCCAAUGUUUCCAUUAGGGCCGAGGCUGCCCAUGGCAGCUAUACAGCCAUCCUCGUCCGCUCCAUCGAAUGUCAUGUACAACAACGCCCCUGGAAAUUCACAGCCUAACCUCAAUCAAAUGCCGAGAUCUGUGUCAGGCCCUAGUUCUGGCUUAGGUUGAAACGGAGAAAGUGAUGUAGCUGUGGAGUUUUAUGGUUAGUUCCACUGGUUACUUGCUCACAAUCUGUGCUGCAGCUGGGGUCAAAGAUGAAAAAGGAUGGAGCCAAGAACGUUUCAUCUGUCUUGCGCUGUAGUUUUGAUCUGAAUAUAAAUUAUUCUGUGCAGUUUGUAGGCUUGUAACAGAUUAAGGUGAUGUAGCAUUUGUAUCGAAUUAUGAGCGUUGUCCAUUAACUUAGGAAAAAUUAUUUUCAGAACAAAUAAUCUUUAAUAUAGAAUGUGUCGUGAAAAUGGCAUCAGACGACUA